UAGAACCGAGGAGCUCCGAAGUUUUCCGAAGAGCAGAAUCGAUUUAGUACGAAUGGUCCCGAAGCUUCACGAAAGCUUACGAGCGUUUCUUCCUCGCUGUAUAAGAAGCUGAUCUGACUGUGGUCGCUGGCCGAUAGAGCUGGCCGGCUCUGGGCGGUUUCUCCCCUGCUUCCAACGAAGUUUGGGUUCGCAGACAGACCCUAGCGCUACUGGAUUUUUCCAACCCCCUCUGGCAGCGGCGAAAGCCGAACCCACACGAGGCCUAGCCGAACUCCGCCGAAUGCCUCCGAGCAGAGUUCUCCGGAGCCUCAGUGCCCGCCUCCCUCUAUCCGAAAGCUCCCGAGUAUUGCCGGACGAGAGAAUCGGGCCUCGGCCGCGGUCGGACGCUCGCUGCAGCGCGCGGCGGGAGGAGCGAAGAUGGCGGGAGGGUGCGGCCAAGAGGCUGCCGGGAUUGUGGCGGACCCAGCGGUAAAAUGGCGGCCGUUCGGCCAGGGAGAGGCUCCUUCAAGGUGCUGUCGUCAGUUCCUCUACAGAUGCUGUUUCUUCUCAGUGGGCUGUACUAUGCCCUCUACUUCCUAGCUACCUUCCUGAUGAUUGUAUACAAAAGUCAGGUUUUCAGCUAUCCUUGUAACUGUCUGGUCCUGGAUCUGGUUCUCUUGCUUCUGAUGGGAAUUCUCGAAGUAGCUCAGCUGUACCUAGGCACAAAAGGCAACCUGACGGAGGCUGAAGUGCCGCUGGCUGCCAGCCUGGCCUUCACAGCAGCCAGUGGCCUCCUUUGUGUUCACUUCCUACUCUGGCAGACCUUGGUACUGUGGAUGGACUCAGUCCUCAGCACCGUUCUACUGGUGCUGCAUGGGCUGGAGGCUGGCCUGCAAGUGGUGGUCAUUGCUGACUUCAUCAGGUAGACGGGCCAGGAUAACCUGCACGGCAGCGCUCCUCAGCCUCCAGCUGGUUCCUUUACCCAGACAAGGAGGCUCUCUUUUGUUAUUGAUCAUCUAUAGAUUGUUUAUACAUCUUUUGGGGGUUGGGUACAGUAGUCAGGGAGGGACAAACUUAGAAGCCUGAAGAUGGCCAUCAUGGACUGGAGUCUAGUGAAUCCUGGAAAUGUCUGCUCAGGACCCGUGACUGGGAUGCUGGCUAUAGUGGAACCACCAGUGAUGCCCAGGCCAGUGGAAGCCAUCGGCUGGGGGCAGCCCUGCAGCCCCACCCUGUCUCAGCCCCAGAUGUGCAGCAUCCAGGCAGGAGUACUUGGCUGUGCUGGUCUGCCACCAUGUGUUUUCUCACACGUGGAUUUAUGAGUUCUCUGCUUCCCACAGUGGCCCUGGGGCCUUGUUCUGAGAGCCUGUUGUGCUUAGUUGCCAGACCUGGGUCCCAGGCUUGGACCCCUCUGGAGCUGCAGGAUGGCAGCCUUGUGUUCCAGCGUCCCUCCAUCCGACUCCCCAUCAGGCCGGCCCCGAAGGAAGCAAAAGCAACUGUAUUCCAGGUAUGGCGGCACACAAGCCUUUAAUCCCAACACCCAGGAGGCAGAGAUGGCACAUCUUUGUAAGUUCAGAUCCAGCCUAGCCUGCCUGGUCUACAUAGUGAUUUGCAGGUCACUCAGGGUUACACAGUGAGACCUUGUCUUUAAAAACAAACAACAACAACAAAAAAAAACACAAAGUACACAGAGAGCUGGGUAUUACGGCCAUCUCAGCCAGGUUCAUGGGUGGGGGUGGAGCAGUUGUAGGGAGCAGAAGACAGAAUAAAAAGACAGCUUUUAGCCUAGGAGUCUGGGAGUCACAGUCCACCAAACUGCAGCCUUUGUAGAGAGCCAAGUGAGUUUCAUCUCCUGUUUUUCCUUUCCUAGCUCAUUUUUUUUUCUCAAAAAGUAUUUAAGCAGUAUUUUUUAAUAGUUUCUUCUUUUCUUUCUUUCUUUCUUUUUUUUUUUUUU